AUAGCAGCCCCAAUCACGGAACGGGACGUACCUAAGACCCACCCACAAGCUGUCCGUUAGUCAGGCGACACCAGAUGCCGGAGGAACGCAGCAGGCCCGGUAGAUCCACGGAAAAGAGUCGCCGUUUCUGGCCGAGACCCUUCCGUAGAUGCUGCCUGGCCUGCUGAGUUGUGUUGUGUUGCCUGGAUAUCCAGAUUCUGCAUAUUUUCUCGUGUUUGUGCUGCCUGUCUUCACUCAUUCUGAACCCCAGCGGCCGCAGAAACCGAUCCCGCCCACUGUAUGUCGAUCACGACCCUCUCGCGCCCAUUGGCUGUAAUUCGUCAGGAUCCCGCCCAUCACAUGUCGGUCACCCAUCGAUGUCACGCCUUCCGCCUGUCAGUCAUCUCAUGCCCCGCCCAUUGUCUGCCGAAGCGCCGGUGCCGGCUCGAUCCCGGAACCUUUGUGCGUGAUGGUUGCGGCGCCGGGCGGUAUUUGCCGCGGGACCGAGCACGGUGGGGGCAUGAGGGGCAGUGCGACGAGACGCUGAGGAUGAGCGGCCGAGGACGGGGCCGGGGUCAAAUGACCUUCAGCGUAGAAGUGGUGGGCAUCAGCAAGGGGGAGAUGCUGCCCCCACCCACCCUCCAGCCCCCACCACUGUACCCCUCCCUAGAGUUCAAGGCGGUGCCCCUGCAGACGGGCGAGGAGGCGGAGUACAUGCUGGCGCUGAAGCAGGAACUGCGGGGAGCGAUGAAGAACCUGCCCUAUUAUGUCAAACCGGCCGCCCCCAAGAAAGAUAUCGAGCGUUACUCUGACAAGUACCAGUCGUCCGGCCCAACAGACAACACCAUUGAGUGGAACCCAGACUGGCGCCGGUUACCACGGGAGCUGAAGAUCCGGAUCCGGAAGCCGAUGAAGGACAAGAUGGCAGUUCCCAGUCGGAAGUUGAAACCCCGGACCAGCGUGGAGAAAGAGGAAAUCUUCAAAAAGCUGGAGACUUUGGAGAAGAAGGAGGAAGCUCACAGCUCCGAGGAGGAAGGCGAGCAGGAGAAGGAGGAGGAAGAGAAAGAAAACGAGGAGGAGUAUGACGAGGAGGAGUUCGAGGAGGAAACGGACUACGUUAUGUCCUACUUUGACAAUGGCGAGGAGUUUGGUGGUGACAGUGAUGAUAACAUGGACGAGGCUAUCUACUGAGUGGUCCAGAAUGGCAGCUACUGGCCUCUCCAUGAACUUCCCCUCCCUUCCACACGGAACGUUUCCCCAGGAUAAUCCACAACGGUUUCUCUGCUGCAAAUUCGGCCAACCCCAGAAUUGCCUGUCCUCUGUGGGUGAGUUAUAGAAUCUGGGGGGUAGUUCUUGGGAAACUCAGUGUCAUACAGGACAGGACAGCCGGCCCAUUGGCCUGUGAGUCCCUGCAGGCUAUCGACCACUCACUCGCCAAUCGUCCAAUUGUUUAUUCUUUUCACUUUCUCCCGAACUAAUUCGGAAAACUGGGGAACUGCUCUGUGAGCCAUCAUAGACUGGAUGGGCCAACUGGCCACCUUAUUUAUAAACAAACCAGGAGGGGCUUCCGUCCUGUGGAUGCUCGGUGGUGUCGUGGGUAGAGCUGCAUCCUCGUGGCCCCAGAGACCCAGGUUGAUCUGAAAUGUUUGUCCAUGUGUGUGGAGUGGUAAGGAGCUGUUAUAUAUUAUCUCCCCUUUUCAGGCUCUGUGUUGUGUACGUGUGGAGAUCACAGGUUCUCCCUGUGACCACAUUGGUGUCCCCGGUUCCCGUCCACAUCCCAACCACGCGUGGGGUCGGUUGGUGUGUGGGUGAGGGUGCUGGGUUGAGGAGCGUUCUGUGGAAAUUGGGGGUAGGGGGAGGGGUUGGUGACGACACAGACACCAUGGACAGCAGCAGUUCGAGAACGCAGUUCCAGUGACCUGUCGAGGGGCCGUCUGGGGAUGAGGAAUAAACACUGGCCCAGACUCCAUCACAAGAAGGAGAGGAGUGGGUUGUGGUUGGGGCCGGGAUUUCGGAGGGAGAGACUGAUUUGUUAUCUGAUGUAGACUUUUCAGCAUUU